ACAAGCAAUAACAUUAUUGUUUACUCUCAGUUCUGAUCAAGCGGACGUUGCUUGAAAGUGCUCUUUUAAAUGUACAUUUCAUCUUUUUUAUCCCAUCAACUGUAAAAUAUUCAUUUGCUGUUAGGUACUAAUACCUAUAUCUAUCAUGGACUCUGAAGAAGGAUCUAAAAAGGGCAGAGGCGGUCGACCAAGGGGCCGAGGCAGAGGCAGAGUGAGAGGACGAGGACGCGGUAAAAAAGUAUCUAAAGCCAGUGAAAAUGAGGAUGAAGAGAUGAGCGACACUCUGAACCAGAGCACAGAAGAUUUGACAAAAAAUGAUGAAAACCAGGCACCCCCAAAAAUUGACCUAGAGGCGGACAUUUCUCAGCUAGAAGCACCAACUUUCACAACCCUAAAUCGCGGGCCUCCAGAACCAAUGUUAAGACUGAAAUGGGACCACAAAGUGAAUUUGAUGGGGGAGAAAGUUCUCAACCCAAUGAUUCAUUGCUGUGAUACGUGUCUCAAGCCAAUUCUGAUCUAUGGAAGAAUGAUCCCCUGUAAACAUGUUUUCUGUCUGUCAUGUGCCAAAAAAGAGGAUAAGGUUUGUCCAAGAUGUAGCGAUAAAGUUUCUCGGGUAGAGCAGACUGGACUUGGUACUGUUUUCAUGUGUACUCAUGAUGGAACAAGGUAUGGGAACACUGGCUGCAGACGCACAUAUCUCUCUCAAAGGGAUUUGCAAGCUCACAUUAACCAUCGCCAUGUCUCAACACCUGGUGGUAGUACAGACCUAACCCAAGACCUUCAGCAACCCCCAAUGAAACUCACCAAUCAAAUGCAAGCUAUGGCGAUGCAGAACACUCCAAGGUUGAAAACGCCCAUACACCUAGCAUCUGGUGAUCCGCGCACCAAUCCGUCAGUAGCACACACCUUGGAGCCACAUGCCCGUCGUUCUCCACCAUACCUUGGCCACAGACCGCAAAUGAACUUCUCCAUGCCGCAGUCCUCAGGGCCACCUUCUCGCUCUAACUUGAUAACCGUGCAGAUCUCAGAUAAUUCGGAACCACCUCCUGCUCCGGCCUCCUUCCCGAUCCAUGGUUACCCUCCUCAGCCACCUCCUCCGUAUGUGGGUCCCUUUGCCCCUCCAACCCAGCCUCCCACGCCCUACUAUCCACCCGCUCCUCCGGCAGAAUAUCCUGCUGUCCCUCCUGCACCCUGCCCCCCACUUCCAGUGCCAGCUCCUCCACCUCAAUAUCCUGAGCAAAUGCCUCAGUCAUACGGAGGACCUCAGUGGCAUCAGCCUCAGAAUUCACAACCGUUUUACUAAAUCACCAUGGGUGACUCUCUGUUCUUAAAUUGACGUCAUGAGUUGUUAUAGCAUCUGAGCCCGUAACCACUUUCUUGGAAAGUAAGUCUUGAUAAAAAUGCUUUGUGCCGAGGACAAUGAUCAAAACUCAUGAUAAAAAUGUAUUUAAAGACAGCACAUCAUAGAUUAUGCUUUAAUUAGAAUUGAAUGAAGCAAACAAAAAUUUCCAAACAUCAUUCUUAACAGUAAUUUGUGAAAAUUAUACUUUGACUAUAAACACUUAACAUUUUUGAGGCAAUCAAGGAAAAAAACUAAUGCUCAUCUCACUGGGAGAGGCUAAUCUCAUUUACCUAUCCACUGCAUUUGGAGUUUACAUUGCUUAACCAUUGGAACUGUGUUCAAAGUAGCAAAUAAUUUUUUCGGCCUUUCUAAACUUAAGUAGUGAUUUGAAUUAUUUAAUGAAGUAGGAUUUUCAUCUCAAAAAUUCAAAUAAUUGACUCAGAGGGUCCUGCAAGGAUCGAGGGAUGUGGAUAAAAAAUAAUACUUACAGGUAAAAACUCAGAAAAACGAGACUACUAUGGAUUUUUGGCUUCUUUUUACCAUCCUUCAUGGUGCCUAAUUUAGGGUUGUAAAUUGCAGUACAAGGAAGUGUUCACACUCAAAUGGUUAUAAGGAGCAGACACUUCCAAUUGUUAAUUUGUGUUUUUAGUAUGUUAUCUUUGUCAUUUAUUAAUCUAAGUUUAAAUAAAUUUUUUUUAUUUUGACUGAAAAUGUU